AACUAUCUAGCACAACCCUCAUUCCUCAAGAAAAAAAGAACUAGUAUCUUCCACCUAUAACCAUGACAAUGUUACCAAUUUUGCACCUCAUCCUCUUCCCAUUAAUCAUCCACCAAACCACCUCCUUUGCCUCCGCGGUCGAUCCCACACAAGGGUUCACCCAACUUCCAUUAGGUAACUCAAACUUCCAAAUUCAAAAGCCUUACGAUGUCUCAGUAAACGAACGUUACAGCUUCUCAAAUGGAGUCCACAAAUUCUGGAUAUACCCUACAGACAAACCUUUCAUGUCUGGCAGUAACACACAACCACGAACCGAGAUUCGAAUCACGGGAUACGAUUAUACAUCCGGUGUAUGGCAAUUUGAAGGAUCCGGUUAUGUUCCAAGUGGCACAAGCGGUGUUUGUGUUAUGCAAGUGUUCGGUGGAAGUUCUACAGCCACAACUUCACAGCUUAGAGUCUAUGAUGGUUCGUUAACUUAUUAUAAAUCUCCUGUUUUGUCUCCAAAUAUCUAUAAUAGGUGGUUUAAAGUGAAUGCUAUUCAUGAUGUUGGUGCUAACAAUGUUAAGAUUUAUAUUGACGGAAAUCUUAAGUAUAAUGGAGAUGGUCGUGGAGCUGGUACUCACUAUUUUAAGAUCGGGGUUUAUGUACAGAAUGAUCCUUCCAGUUACAUGGAGUCUCGUUGGAGAGAUAUGAAAGUUUUUAAGAAAUAGUGUGUCUGUGUGUGUAAUUUGUGUUUGGUUUUAAUUAGUACUAAAUAAAAUUCAAUAUAAGGGAAGACAAUGCAAACUAAAUAAGACUUGUUUCAUGUUGUUUGCGUUGCAGAUAAGGAAAUACUCUUGUAGUAUUAUUGUUCUGUUUUAUAGCAUUAAAAUGAUAAUAAUAAGAGUUAUGUUAAGAGUA